UUCUUCUUCCAUCCUAGUACCAGCACCAUUUCCCGUGGUUUCGGAUCGAAAGAACAGCCUGGCCGGUCAAGCCGGCAAGCAUUCUAGCCAUGGGCUCCCUACCAGGCGACAAUACCCUCAUAGGGCGCCUCGGAGCGGUUGACAACCUCGGCGAGGCGACGCCCCGGGUCAACAAGCGCGAGACCAUAUUGGGCUUGUGCAUCACCUUCGCGGUGCUUGCGUGGAUCUGCGUGGCGGUCAGAUUGUUCGUGAGAGUGCGCUUGAUACGCUCUCCAGGGUGGGAUGACCUGUUCGUGGUCUUGUCUCUGUUGACCAUGUCUGUCUGCUUGGUCAGCAUAUGCGUCUCCAUUGAGCAUGGGCUGGGACAGCACUUCCUGCAGGUCCUCUCCGACCGCGAUCAAGCUGCCGCCUUUUUGCAUAGCUUCUACGUGUUCAACGCAGCUUACGCAAUGUCCACGGCGCUCAUCAAGAUCUCGCUCCUGCUCCAGUACAUGCGGCUGUACCGACCGGGGAGCUUGCUCUACAACAUUUGCCGCGGGCUCGUUGUCUUUGUCGCGCUCUGGGGAGUAGCUUACUCCGUCAUCGCGUGGGUGCCGUGUGUGCCGACCUCGGAUUACUGGGAACACUUUGACCCCUCCAAGGAUAUCUCGCAGCUGCGGUGCUACGGCUACGGCUCUCAGUAUGUCAAGGCCUUCGUGGCCACGUACGAGAGCCACGCUGCGGUGAACCUGGUGCUCGAUCUGGUCGUUAUGGGGCUGCCCAUCCCGCUCUAUUUUGAGCCGGGAGCGCACGGCAGAACGAUAAUGGGCCUGGUCGGUAUCAUUAUCAUGGGCACAAUCCUCAACAUCUUCUCGGUCUGGCGAUUGGCAGAGACGGUUCACCACCAGGCGGGAACCCACCCGACAUUCGACCCGACCUGGUACGGCGCCAUCGUGAUUGUCAUGGCGGGGCUCGAGACGGCAUCGGCCUGCAUCUGCGCGAGCGUUCCGGUGUUUUGGGGCCCCAUGCUGGCCUCGGCAUCGCAGCUCCUGGGCGACAUCUUCGUGACCAAGGAAGUGCACGUGACAACGGAGCACCGCUUUGCGAACCUCAGCAGCGGCGAGUCGGACGACACCUUCCCCCAUCUCGGGAUGCAUCGUGGGGCUGCGAUGGGUUUGCCUGAAUUGUUGCAGUUACAGGGCGGCGGCAAGGACGAAUCGGGUCUGCGCUCCGGGUCGCGCGCCGGCUCAACAAGGCUCGAGUGGAAUGGCAAGGACGGGGUGCAGCACCAGUACCAGGCUUGGCCGGUGUAAGGUACUACCGUACUCGUAUACGUGUAGGAAGAUUUAUUAUGAUCUCGCGAUUAUUUAUCAUGGUCACUCUUG